UUUAAGUUGCUCUCUCAUCUUUGAGAGUAUUUUUUUCCUCUUAAUUAACAUUUAACGUUAAAUUCAUUCCAAUCAACGUAAUUAAUUGAUUGUUGCCUGAGAUAAAUUCCGCGCCCACAGCAAUUUAGUUGAUCAUCUUCCGGGUUUCUUUUCAUUUGUAAAUUGUGGUCAAGUAAACAACUUAAUCUUGUUUUCUGUUGCUUAAAAUUAGUUACAAUAGUUAACCAAAUCGUCUACUUUUUUUGUCUAAAUUGUUAACAAUCAACACAAUGUCUGGUAAACCAACUUUGAUUAUCAUUCUCAGUGGAAAACGUAAAAGUGGUAAAGAUUAUGUUACAGAAUUAAUUGAGAAAAGAUAUGAAAAUAAAUUAGCAGUUAUUCACAUUUCUAAGCCAAUCAAACAAAAAUACGCUGAGUUACAUGGAGCUGCUUUUGAUGAACUGAUGAAAGCUUCACAAUAUAAGGAACAAUUUAGAUUGGAUAUGGUUAAAUGGAGUGAAAAUGAGAAAUCAAACCGAAAUGAUGAAGCUUAUUUCUUGAAAUUAGCAAUUAAUAUGGAAAAUGCAAAUGAGAAAAAGGUUUGGUUAAUUGCUGAUGCUCGUCGACCCGCUGAUUUGGCUCAUUUUGAUGAACAACAAUUUAAUCAAUCUAAAGUGAUCAAGAUUAGAAUUCAAGCAACCGAAGAGACCAGAAAAUCUCGAGGUUGGAUUUUUACCAAAAACAUUGACGAUGCUACGACCGAAUGUGGCCUCGAUUGUUACACCGAUUGGGAUUAUGUCUUUGACAAUGAUGGAACCAGUGAUCAGUUAAUUGAGAAACUCAAUGUAAUCUUUACACAAAUAGAAUCAGCUUUGUGAGCUUUUAAUUGUUACUCGAAUUGACUUUUAAAUUGUUUUCUGAAAUUCUGUCUUUUAAUCAGCAAACUAGAUUAAAGUUUAUUUUCAUAUGCGAA